AUGGCGUCCCCGAAUUCCCUCCCAUCCGUAUACAACAGCGAAUACGGACAGCCUUCCCGACCGAUGUCCCGAACUGCGGUUUCACGCUCGGGAUCCAGACGGGUAUCACCCGCAGUUCAAAACAACGGCUCUCUAUCAAGGCAUUACUCCGCCGGCGACAGCUCAGAUGAAGAGGUUCCUGAGCCAAAAUUUAGCGCGUCAGUCAAGGCACUUUUGCAUGGUGAUGGAUUAGGUUCGUCGCCUCAUCUGCAGAAAGUACAACCGUUGUCGCACCAAUCGCGAGUUGCGACGUCACGUCAACAAAGCCAAUCUCCUCGCAACUCCUCUCCCCACGACCGUUCAACAGGGAGUCCGGCUCCCAGAGUAGUCCGCAUUGGAGCGCUUUCAUCUGGUUCCAGGCAUUCACGCGAAGGCUCCCCGUUGUCCAACAGCCAGAGUGCAGAGUCGGAAUCUCAUCACCACCCCAAUGAUUUCAUUACUCCCGCCCCACGCCAACGCAGUGUUCGUAUCAAUGUUUCUCGCAGCCAUCCACGUUCUCCUUCUUCAAUCUCGCCUUCAGGGAGACGUUCAGCGGAACGUAACUCGAGUGAUGAGUAUGGUAGUGCCGAGCGCUCAGACAGUGACCGCAAAUCACAAUAUGAAGAUGAUCCCAUGACACGUCUCGGCACUUCCUCGGUACUCCGCGGCCGCGGUGGCGAGGAACCUGGCCCCCAAAGCUCACUGCGUGUCAAGAGAGUCGGUCGACUGGCUGGUAGCUUCUUGACAGGACCCGCCCGGAGGGGUGUGCUACGUCGACAGAGUGAGGAGAACAACGACGAGGACCACCAAUAUCUUUCGGCCGAUGGUGUCAGGGAGGAUGUAGAAGCAGAGGAAAAUGCCGAAUACCGACCUCGCAACCCAACUAAACCGUCCUCCCCAAAGGUAUCAUGGGCCGACCCCACCCCCCCUCAUUCGCGCGAAGGGCACCGGGCUGAAUACCCUCUUCGCCCGGCUGCGGUUGAGGGUCCAUUUUCAAGAUCAUCGUCACCAAAAUCGUAUGGGUCAAAGUCGACACCCGCUUCAUCAGAAUUGUCAUCCAAAUCCUCAAGCGCCAAGGAACAACCUGCCUUCAAGGUUCCGUCAAUGCCCCAUCUGCCGUCAGUCCGUGACCAGGAAAACGAGCCACCGCCAACUUUCCGGCGAACAAAGCCUCAGGGCUUGAAUGUCUUGGACAAGCCCGACAAGUACAAUGUUGUUUAUGAUACCGAGAAGAAAGAUGCCGCCGACACGCCGGCAGGUACCUCUGCACGAAAGAUACUGGCCACACGAAGCAACAACACUCCUCACAGAGCCGCCCCUCCUCCUCCCAAAAUGUCAGUUCUUGAAACUGCCACGUCAACGGGAGGUGCAUCGACCUCCCAAUCCCGAAAGAAGAAGACGCAGGUCUCAAUUAACGGCAAGCAUUUCACUCGACUAGAUUGCAUUGGCCGAGGUGGUAGCUCCCGCGUUUACCGAGUGAUGGCGGAAAACUACAAGAUUUUUGCGCUCAAGCGAGUGAAUCUUGAAGAUGUUGACCCAGUCACUUUGACUGGAUACAAGGGUGAAAUUGACUUGCUGAAGAAGUUGGAGAAUGUGGAACGUGUGGUGCGGCUCUUUGAUUGGGAACUCAACAAUGACAAACACGCUCUAAGUGUGCUCAUGGAGAUUGGAGAGUCUGAUCUUGAAAAAAUUCUCACAUAUCGCUUGAAUGCCGAAGAUGCUGUUUUCGAUAUCAACUUCACCCGCUUUUAUUGGAAGGAGAUGCUUGAAUGUGUCCAGGCUGUCCACGAAUUCAACAUCGUUCAUUCAGAUCUGAAACCUGCCAACUUCCUAAUGGUUCAAGGCCGGUUAAAGCUUAUCGACUUUGGAAUUGCCAAUGCAAUUCAAGACAACACCGUCAAUGUUCACCGCGAGCAACAAGUUGGCACACCCAACUACAUGUCCCCUGAAGCCUUGGUCGACUCCAAUGCAUCACUCGGCCUGCCAGCAAGCGUUGGCAAAAUGAUGAAGCUGGGCAAACCCAGCGAUGUUUGGAGUCUUGGUUGUAUCCUGUACAAAAUGGUCUACGGACAGCCUCCAUUCGCCAAGAUCGCCAAAUAUUACGAGCGCAUCAUGGCUAUCCCCAAUCCCCGUGUACAAAUCGAUUUCCCGGCCUUUGGUGUUGGCGGCGUUCCAGUGCCCCCUGGCCUUGUCCGAACCCUCAAGCGCUGCCUGCAGCGUGAUCAAACUCUCCGACCAACCAUCGAGGAAAUGCUUGGCCCCCGCGAUCCAUUCCUGCACCCCGAUGCUCAACUCGAAGGUGCCGUCCCUGUCACUCAAGAUAUGCUUGGCCGGAUUCUGGCCAAUGUCGUCAACCACUGCAAAGUCCGCGGCGUGCCCAGGGAAGAAGAGCUGGCCGCAUGGCCCGCAGGCUUUUUUGCAAAAAUCAAAGCAGCACUCGAAGAAGAAAACGCAUGA